AUGUCGGUGUUGCAAAUAAACGGCGGAUGCUCAGAUGUUCUGGAGGAGCAAAAAUGUGAUGAUGAUGAAAUUUUAGAAAACAUGGAUAAAAAGUCACUAGCGAACGCCAGAUGCAAUAGUAGCGGCGGUAGUAAUGUGGAACCGACAGAGCAGCAAUGCCGUGAAGAGAGAGAAGAAGAGAUCACAUCACGUCAUGGUAGUAAAUCAGUGAGGAUAAGUGAUACGGAAUCACAUUUACUGGAGGCAAUUAAUCCGCUUAAGAGACGUGCAUCGAAAACGCCAUUGGAUGAAGAAAACGUUCAACGGAAGAAAAUUGCGAAUAGUUCGCAUCAGUCCAUCCAAAUUACGCUGUUUGAGCAAGAGUUUUCUUCAGAAGCAAAUUCAGAUGUUCGUCUCAGUACCGAGAACAUUUCUCCUGUGCGAAUGGAAGUGGAAACCCGACCAGAUGACGAUGUGAAUAAGCAUGCGGAGCCUGCAGCAGACAUACCAAAUCCAGAAUAUCCGAUGGAGGUCGAGCGGGAAUCGAACUCUGAAACUUUGAAACAAAAUGAGGAAGCCGAUUUAGACAUAUCCGUCGAUUCUGGUAAUCCGUCAGUAUCGGUCGAUGCUUCCGCUGGGCAAUUGCAAGGGUACCCAGAUGAGGAAUUACCCAAAACGCCGAGAGCUCCAAAAGAGAUAGAAGAGCUGCGGGAAGAAUGUGAAGAUAAACAGCGCGAAAUCGAGCAAGAACAUCGGGAAGAUCCCAAAAACAAAGAUGUUCAAGAAAAUAGUAGCAGCAGCAACAGCAGCUCCAGCUCAUCCGAGAGCUCAUCAUCUUCAUCAUCGUCUUCAUCGUCUUCAUCAGAAAGUGACAGUUCUGGCGAUGAAGCCGAAGAAGGCGAUGCGCCAAUGUUGCCACCCCCUCACCAAUCAACUCCAGUGUCAGAACGAUCUUUGGUUCCGCAGUUAUCAGGCAAAAGGCCAACCUCAAAUGAAACACCUAUACCACAGGCCGACAGGCAGGCACCGCCCUCUGGUAAUGAUACUUCGGAGGACAGUUCAAGAGAUAGCGCUACUAUGGAAGUAGACGAAUCUGCAGAUUCAGAUGAUGAAAGACGUGGCCAAAGAGAAGAUGAAGCGAAAAUUACGCGCAGCGAAGGCCUAAAGUUGUCGAUAUCUUUGAAACGUUCGUCGGCUACCGUUACGCCAUCUACGAACGAAGUUCAAGCGUCUAUAACUCCAGCAAAACCGCAGCCUUUACAACCGGUUGAUUUCAGUAAUAUCCUGAAGAAGGGAUUAUUAUUGCAUGAAAGCAAAGAAUUGAUUAAAAUUGACUACAACCAGGUACCAGUCAUGAACUAUUCUCAGCAAGUUUCGUCUCCAUGUGAUCCGACUAUCACUCAGACGUUUAAGGAUGCGAGAAACCUAAAACCUCCACUAUUGCAAUAUCUCUCACCUUGGAGCAACGAUACCGUUGGGCAGAGCGAUGGAAAUAUGCUGAAUAACACCCUAAUAUCAAAUCGUUUGGUCGGAGGACAACUUAGUAACUCAGUUCCAUUGCUGGCACCACCAACCCAGGAUGAGUCGUCGGACACCAUGGAUGAAGACAAUCGCUUAGUAAUAGCCGAGAAGCAGCGCCGCUACCGGAAGAAAAACAACACGAAUAAUACCCCAAGUGCAGCUCAGCAGCAAAAUCUGUAUCAGCAGCUGCAGGGAUUGCAACAGCAACAGAUUCGCGAUAUGCUAAUGCACAAUGUUAGCGGAAAUUUCUAUUCCAAUUUGAAUUUUUCUUCCAUUGGAACAAUGCCAAUGAAUAAUAUAAACAAUACUUACUCAUUGAACAACACCUCGAUGGCUGAACGAUUUUCAUCCUUGCUGGAAUCCGCAAAUAUGGUGUCCACGCCGAAACCAACGAGACGAAAGGCCAACAAUAGUAAACGUUCUACCGAACGAAGCAAACGAAAGCAACCGAAAUCCACUGCAGGUGUACUAAUCGAUGCCCCAGCUUCUGGUGAAAUGUCGCUUCAGCCCUCGAAGAUUGCCCCUACUAACUCGUCCAAGUCCAAAAAAGCAAAUCAGAAUACUAACCUUCAUCAACCCGUAAUUUCGCAUGUUGUAAACUCGCCUGUCAUGCAAAAUCAGCAGUCUAUGAACCGACUUGAUUCAACUUUAACGAGCUCGCAAAAAGAUCCUGUAAUACCACCAUCGGAGAAAAAGAAGGACAAGAAAAAAGUAUUUCUUUGUUCUCCGUGUGGAACGCAGUAUGAAAAUUGGAAUCUGUUCCGGCACAUGCGAGAGGUCCAUCGGAAGCACAUCUGUCUCUAUUGCUUGGGUAUCUUUCAAUCAGCCGAACGUUUGGUGAGUCAUCUAGGGACAAAGCAUGGCGUGAUGAAGAAACAUCACGGCAGUCUGGACGAAUAUCUCCAGCAGACCCAAGAGCAUAAACGCCCAUUGGAUGCGGGUGGAGUUGUGGCCGUUUCGGUUAACGUUGGUCAACAACCUUUCUAUUUGAUGUGCUCUCGGUGUGAACAUAUGUUUGAUAGCAGUCCGAAUGAAUUGCGCGAGAAAGAGGAGCAAUUCCGGGAGCAUGAUUGUGCCAACUAUCUGGAUACUUGUGCAAACUGUAAACAACUAAAGUUUCCGAAGCAUCGUUGCGAUGGAGCACACCUCACUGGCGCUGGUGGUAAGAAAAAAACCGGAAAAAAAUCUGUAAAUCUAGGAGGAACAGCGACGUCCGAUCAAAGUUGGGCAGUUAACGGAACCCCAUCGGGAGGUGUUGCUAAUGAAUCGCCAAAUCCAGCGUUAAAUGUUUCCCAGAAAGCAAGUGCGCAAAAGAAAGCUAACAAAUCUGUAGGAAGGAAACAAGCAAAUCAACAAAAGCAAAUGCAACAUUUAAGUGUAGGCUCUAUCCUGGAGUCACAGCUUCUCAAGGAUGCAAAAGUUGAAAUGGAGCAAGUUACGAGCCUUGCAAUCACAGAUAGUACUGUUUCAAAUCAUUAUCCAACGUCGGAUUUCGUGCAAGCAAGUGCGACAGCGAUUCAUCAUUCCGCUCCAAACUAUCCGCAUCUAGCUAUGAACGGAGAUCCUCCAACACACGCGGAAUUAGUCCAUCCUAUCGCUUCAACGACACCUCCUCCAAAUGAAGGUUCGGAGGUUUGCGAGGCCACUCACACUUUAACGGCGGCAGAUCUACUUGAACAUGAGCCACCACCACCACCUCCACCAGUAACCCCUCUAGUGCCAAAGUUAAAGGUUAAAAUACCAAUUCAGUAUCUGACACCGAUGGAAAGCGAAGAAUCGUCCACAACCAGUGAAGAUGAUGAAGAGGAUGAUUAUGAGGUUGAAGAAGAAGAAGAAAAUGGUGAUGACUUAGAAGAAACAAAACCGACAGAUAAUCAGGCUGAUAUGACGGAUGAUGUCGGAGCCACCAAAAGUGACGCAGCUGAAGAACCUGCAACAUUAAGGGACGAUCAGCGAGAGCCGCAAGGACCGUUUGUCGUGAACGAUGUAAGGAUUCAUAACGAAACAAAAGAGCAGGAAUCAAUGGCCGUGAGCGAAGAAAUCCCGGAAGAUGCGGUGGCACAAGAGCCAAUUCCCAUGGAUAUAGAUGAAACUCUCAUGACCGAACGGCGAAGAGAUGUUCCGACGUGCAUACCAUCAGACGCAUCCGGAUCCGUAGAAAGCACUCCAUCAUUGCAGCCGUCAUCUGGAUCUUUAACAGAGAAUGUCACAGCGCCCACAGAAUUAUUACCAACGCAUUCGGAGUUGUCUAGCCGACAAGAGCGGGCUUGUCUAGAAACGACAGAUGGGACGAGUGAAAUGGAUUUGACAAAGACGGAAACACCAAAUGCAUCGGUUCCGUCUCCUGUUGUUCCACAGGAAGCAUUUGGGUUUAGCAUCGGCGCAAAUGGGGAAAACGCAACACCAAAAAUCGAGGGAACUCAACCGUCGAGCGUUGAUGAUUCGUUGAUGGGAGAGGAGCUAGCAUCGCUUACUGCUCCAGUUGUUAGCUUAUCUUCCGAAGAAAAUCAGCUAGAAAUUGCAGAUAACGAUUCGCAAUUAUUUACGCUGUCCCUGGAUGAACCUUUGGAUCGAAUCGCAAUUCGUGAAUUUAUUCGAAUUUGCCUUCGAGUGACUGUUCCGUAUUGUCUGUACUGCAAUCAUGCGCGGCGCAUAGCUGUGUGUGGCCACCAGCUCGUAUGCCACAUCAUUGCGAAACAUCGGUUCCAGGCAACGGUGAACAGCAUUACUGGAGAGGAACUUUUGCCGGACACAAUAUUGCAGCGAUUUCGAAGCUCCUUAGAAGAGCUAAGCAACGAACGUGCGUACCUGAAUGUGGAGACCUUUGACAACACCUGGACGACGGAGCAACGAACGGCAGAACCGUUUGUGAAGCAAUUCGAGUGCUUUCAGUGUCGCUUCGGGACGGUGGUGCACAAAGAACUGUACCUGCAUAAUCGCAAGAUGCACCAGAAGUCGGUUCUGUUUUGCAUGAUGUGUAAAGGGAAUUUCUACAGCUACAGCGAACUGCUCUGUCACAUGUGCCCGGGAGUACCUAACCACACAGCCAUGCUGGACUACACGUACCGGUGUUGCGUGUGUAAUGUGGAUGGUAUUCCGUCUGCAUUUCGCUUAAUGGUGCAUCUGCGGAAGCGUCAUUUUGCGUGCGACAUCUGCCUGGAGGAGUGCCACGAUCAGAGCCGCCUUUCGAACCACGUGUGGAAGCACAAACUGCACCAUCUGUGCUAUCGAUGCGGUAUAGGGUAUCGCAACAAGGCUGACAUACUAAAACAUCUGUUCUGGAAGCACGGAACCGAGGGUGUGCUGUGUAAGCGUUGUUUGCAAAAGAAGUGGCCGCACGUGUACCACUUUUGUGUACCGCCAGCGCAGUUCGUCUGUGAAGUUUGUCAAGCAACGUUUAAUCGAUCGGUUGCGCUGAAAGUGCACCGGCGACUCCACAGUGGCGAUUCCAAGUAUCCUUGUACGGAGGAUGGCUGUGAAAAGCGCUUUAUAUCGAAAAAGUUGCUUCUGAAGCACGUCCAACGGCAUUAUGCAGGAAAGCCAGAGGUGGACAUAGAGGAGGUUGCUGGAAACCUGAAGAAUCUCCCCACCGGACCAUGUGAACAUGAUGGCAUCGAAAAACCAACAUUGAAUGAAGGAGCCGGGUUGGUGGGUGGAGAUGAGCAUCAAGAAUCGAGAAGGUUAAAAUCAGAAAUCUCCAGUGACGUAAUAGAACAGAGUACGGAAAAGCAUCCGGAGUCAACGAUGGAGGUAGAAGACAGCACCGAAAAAGUAGCUUCAUCCUCAGAAGGUACUUCGGAUGCAGUAACGAUUAAACAAGAGAGCGAAGAGGCAGUAGACAAAUCACAGACGGCUGGCUCGAGCGAUGAUAAAGAGACCGAUGCUACAGUUGGCAGUAAAGAAACGGCGGAUGAAUCUGGCCAAAAAGUAUCCUCGAAGGAAGGAGAAGGUGAUGGAGCUGGUGCGCUUUUAGUGACGACCGAUGAAGCUAUUCCUACGAGAAAAACUAAGAAAAAACGAAAGAUGAAAGACGAUUCGAAAACAGUGUUGGACUUGAUGAAUCUACCUGCGCUGAAUCUUUCAGAAAGCGAUAGCAGCGACGACUCUGAUAACGAAAACUCGAAUGCCAGUUUCGGUUCAAAGUGCUACACUCUGGGCAACAGGCGCUCUAGCGAAAUGAUAACUGAGCUAAAUGAAGCCCAUGCCGAUAAGCAGGACGAUCCAACAGACCCGUCGUGUUCACAGGUGAGAGCAAAUGAGCCGCGAACGGAGGAGGAACUUGAGCUUUCGAAGUCACCGAAUGACGGUCAGCCAAAAAUGGAUGGGGCCACGAAUGAAGAGGAAUCCGCAGAAGCCGACAAUGAAAAGCUAUCCACUGAGCUGCCUGCUGCGCUUGAUCCGAUCGCGAACAUUUGGGAUAAUUUCAAACGAUAUCAGGCCAACCAUCGGACAACCAGCCGUCGACAGUCUGCCGAUGAAGAGCAACGUUUGGAGGAUGAAUUGGUGGAGCGAAUGCUAAAAACUACGAUACUGCACGUAUCACAAUCCGACCAUGACUACUGCAUGAUGUAUAAGCCGUUUUCGCCGGAUUCAGAUGGGUUAACAGAAUCGCAAUCGAAGUUACAACAAGAGUCCUUGCUGUUAAAGACCGAACGUGAGUUGGAGGAAUGUGUGGAGGAAGAUAAUUCAAGACUUGAUCAAACGACUAAAAGAUCCAGUAAACCAGACCCAGACGAUUCAUCGGACAGUGACGAUAGUAGUAAUUCAGAUUCUAGUUGCAACUGUAGCGGGAACUGUAGUUGCAGCUCGAAUUCCAGCAGUAGCUCUAGCGGAAGCUCCGAUGACUCCGACAGCUCGGAUGAUGAUGAGGCGUCGAAAGGAGGGAAUAAGGUAUCUGCCACGGAGCGGGUGAAGAAGCGGGAAAAGGAUGGGCCUACAUCUCGUAUAGAAACCGGCAAGAGUGCCAAUAAGGAUACCAUCCGCAAUGAUGCGGAAGAAAUGGAAGCUUUGCCCCCGCCAGAACCACCGGAACCGAUUGACCCGGACAGUGUGAUCGUGGAUUCCGAUCUGCAAACGGACGAGUCGGAAACGGACGAAGAGUUUUACGAUGAGCACCCGCAAAAGCUGGCCGAUCAGCUGCUGGCGGAGAAACGGCGCCAGUUGUUUGCCCAAACGGGUGCCGGCAGUUCCAGUGGAAGCCCCGGUGGCAUGAUGAACUACGGCAUAGUGGAAAACAGCAGACCCUCGACGCCUUCGUUGCCUCCGGAGGAGAUGCAGGGAAAGAAAAAGCCCAAAUUGAAGAAGCGUAAGCGCGAACGGAAGUCCUCUAAACGACUUUCAUUGGCGACGAAUGCUGAUGCCUUUGCAGAAGUGUCGGUGACCACUAGCGGGAGUGCAAUGACAAUGGUUGGUGCUUCUGUCGUUGUGCCACAUCAUACUAGCUCUGUUUUCCAGUGGCCACCAGGCGAACAUCAAGUAUGCGGGAGCUUCGCAUCUAACGCGACGGUAGAAUCAGUUUUGACUACUGGCGUUGCGCACUAUUCUCAACACCAGCACUUCUCAGUGGCUACCCCGUUGGAGGUGCAGGCCGGGCCUCCGGGAAAUUCUGUCCCGGCGAUGUGGAUCGGAGGGAGUGAAUAUCUGGAUCAAAUCAACGCACCACGGCUGAGCACCGGCAAUAGUUCGGAAUCGGAUGCACCCUUGAAGCGUUCGCAGCGUAGCCGAAAGCCGAACAAGUUUUACGGUUACACCAGCGAUGACGAAAGUGCGGCCGCUUCUCUUCCCCUACCAUCCGGUAUACCGCUGUCGACCAAUCCGGAAAAAUCGAUCCUGUCCCUGAUGAAACCCACGCCACCGCCUAAUUUGGUGUGGAGCAAGGAGGAUCUUCCUUCACCGCCAGCCAAACUUGGCAAAGCGUCCGGAACAGGUGGCGGGAGUAGUAAAGUGGCCACAGGACAUCGGCGCAGUGUGGAUCACCUGACACCGGUAUCGUCGAGACGCAAUUCUGGUGUGAGCGGCAUGUUGCAGGACGACCCUGUGGCUCCUUUGGCGCUACCUACGGCAUUAUUCGACCAGCUGGCGACUCCGGUUACGAUGGUGAGCACGCUCGUACCAUCGAUCAACGCUAGCACUCCCUCGGACCAGCAUCAUCCUCCGUUGCCAAAGUUGAAGCUCUCGCUGGGGAAGAAAACUCCCCGCGCGAUUCUGACUCCGAAGGGUGCGAAACAAGGCAACACAAAUCGGCGCCGGAAGUCGACGCCGAAAACACCGAAACCCAGAACGCCCAAAUCGGCACCACCCAUCGUUGAGAGUCCUGCACCGGCGCCACUACAGCGACCCGUGGACAUAGGACCGCUGUCGGCCCCUAUCGUACCAACGGCCGUUGGUAAUGUCGCUACGGCCACGUACCUACCACCCAUCCUUGACACGCGACCCAAAAUUCCCCCCAUCGGUUCGUUCCCGAGCAUCCAGACGGAUCUGUUCCGGCCGAACCAGAUCCGUGUACCGGCUGGCUGGCGCCCGCCGAAGGAGGGUGAAUCGGUCUACUGCUAUUGCCGCGCACCGUACGACGAGGUGUCCGAGAUGAUAGCUUGCGAUGAUGAAAACUGCCGCAUCGAGUGGUUCCACUUCGAGUGCGUCGGGAUCAUAAUGCCACCGAAGGGGAAAUGGUUUUGUCCCGACUGCAAACUGCGCCAGGUACAGAUGGGUACAGUGCUUACGGACGGCCAGCUUGCGUCCACGGGAACAUCAGCGCCGACGGAGGAACAAGCGAUGUCCUCACUGGCACCAAAUGGCUCUAGACAGCCCGAAUCGUCGUCCUCCUAUAAUCUUUGGGGUCAGGCUCCGUAAAGACGGACGAGGGUUUGAAAGAUGUUAAAGGUAAAACACGCUUAUUAAUUAAACACAAGGGGUUUGCACACUUGGCCGCUCGGUGGCGGUAGUUGGCAUCCAUUGUUUAGCUUUACGUUUCGAGGGAGUUUAGUUUAGGUUAGGUAAGCUACUGUACUUUUUUGUGGUAGGGCGGUUGGCUUAUGAUACACGAUAGGUAACGAUAGUGUAGCAUUAUCGGAAAUGAAUCGCUACUGCCAGGCUGGUGAGAAAACGAGUCGAAGUCCUCGAGAACAGCAUAUAAUAGUCGGUUCCAUAUACCAAUAGUCAUCAUAAGCGCGCACUUGUUUCAUGGUAGUAUGAUGUGUAGUGUGCACAGCAGCAUUCAACGUAGAUUUGUGUGUGUGUGCGCGCACGUGUGUGUGUACGUGCGCACACGUGUGUGUGUGAGCUGUAGAAACUCCUAGCAGAGUGAGGAAGCGAAUAAUAAAAAAAAACAUAAUUGGCGUUUACUUACUACUUGAGGUAUGUACAGCAAAAGGGAUGUGGACGACAAGGAUGUGGAACCAUGGGAGCACCGUAGUGGCAGAUAGCGAUGCCGAAGACCAUGCGUUUUUAGCAAAAGCAUCCCUUCGCGUGGAGCUAGCUUGUCUUGACGGCAAAAUAUAGUCGCUUUCCUUCUACGUGACCCGGACGUUGCGGCUCAGGAUACAGCGCCGAAGAAAAUGGCGGGGCACCGUAGCGAAUAGUUGAGCUAGAAACAGGAAUGCUUGAUCUCUGCGCACUGUUUUUGUAAGGGAAUAAAACUGUACAGCCAACGCUUGGUGGUUUUCUGUUUUCGGACGGAAAGAAAAAUCCGCUUAUAUUGUUUCACUACUAGACGGGAAAGAACGCGGUUCGAAGGAAGGGCCGAUUCGUCAUGAACAGUAGGUAAUGCGCAUUUUUUACAUUCGUCUAAGCUCUAUAUUGUCACACCGUGGGGUAUAACAUAGCACACAGGAAGCUGUAUGCAUAUAAAAUAAUUCAACUGAAAUAUCGCCUACUUCAUCAGGACGCAGCCACAGCUGCGGUUGCUGCGCGAGGGGUCCUUUUUGGUCAUUCACAACGUCUUAUGGUAUGCACACACAUGUCUAGUCUCAAGUCGCAGUUAAAUGUAAAAUAAUCGAGUAUACUUUAAAC